ACGCAAAAGCAGAAAAAAAGCCUCUGAAAACCGACGCCAAAGAAUGAUAACGAGAACACAGAAAAAAGCACACAAUUCUUGGCCUCUUCUGAUGAGCGUCAUCUUCGUCAUCUUCAUCUUCUUUCUUUCACUGUGAUGAUUCAUUUGGAUCCCUAUUCGAUUCUCAUCUUUCGCAUCUAUAUUAGUCUUCCCCAGUUCGCUGCCUUCCUUUAGUUUUCUUCCACUGUCUGCAUAUUGCGCUCUGGAUUAUAAUUGGCAACUGCUCCUCCACAAUCUUGCAGCUGAAGAUUGUUUUGAGACCUCACUGUUACUAAAUUACUACCAUGGAAUCUAAUUGUUAUCCUCCCUUUGAUGAUAAACUCGAGGCAGAAUACAGUAUUAUUUGCUGAAGCACGUUGGAAUGGUUGUUUCUAGUAGUUGUGGUGCAAGCAUUCACCUUAUCUUUCUUUGAAGAGAGGGGGAUCGUUCUUGCUGCUGCUGGAACACAAUCAUCCUUGUGUUAUUGAUCUGUUUUGACUAUGUUGGUAGUCAUUAUGAAGAAAUCUUAGGCAAGUGAUGGCAGCAGCAGAGGUCAGGGCUGUGUGGCAGAGAACUGCUAAUCGUUGUUUUGUCCAAGAAGACGCAAAAAGAGCUCCCAAAUUAGCAUGUUGCCAACCUUCAUGUGCAUCAUCUAAAUUGGCUGAUGCAGAACCAGCUAAUGUAGCAGAUGACUCAGCCAAUGCUGCUGUUAAUGUCAUGCCUUUUAACCGGAAAUCUUCAUUUUCUCAUCAAUCUCCUGAUUCGAGAUGGUGGUUGCAGAUGCAAACUAACUAUGGGCAUCAAAAGAGCACAUUGCAUCAGCAAUCAAGUGCACUAGAUGAUGAACCAGAGAUGUUGAAAACCAGUGAUGAAGAUGAAAUAUGCGAAGAUUUUAGUUGCUUUGGUGAUGAGGAGUAUGAUUCAUUUUAUCAUGUGGACUAUGAUUCACGGGUUGAUAUGAUGAAGAAAGCUACCAAGGAUGAAAUGCUAGAGGGAUCUGGUGAAAAAUCUCAGCCAUUUGUGCAACUUAUGGAUAUGACAGGAAAACAUGAGGCAAUGGAGAUUGAUAGUGUUGGUUGCUCAGUUUCCAAGCAAAUGGAUGAGUUCAAUUUGGAUAGCUCUUGGACUGAAGGUGAUAAGGCUGAGCCAUGGUGGCAAACUACAGAUAGAGAUGAGUUAGCUUCCUUUGUUUUGAUGAGAUCACUCGACAAUAUAGAAAAUUGUGAUCUUCCUCCACCUCGGAGGAAGUAUGUAAGAAGACAUCCAUGUGAUAGCAUUGGUGAUGAAAAAACAAGGACAUCAUGUGUUAACUGGGAGACAAAGUCCUGUGGCCUGUCCAACUUGACUACUCAUGCUCAAGAGAGUUUGGAUUCACGACUGGUGCAUGGAAAACAAGGCGCGUCAGCUGAUGAGAAGUUCUCACGUUGUGCAUCUGAAAAUCCUUCCAGUUACACGACCGUGCAUAAGGAUACCACAGAGGAGCAACAAGCUUUUGAGGGGGAUCCGGGCAAAGCUCAACUAAUGGAAGCAUUGUGCCAUUCUCAAACACGAGCGAGAGAAGCAGAAGGCGCGGCAAAACAAGCAUAUGCUGAGAAAGAGCAAGUUGUCAGACUCAUUUUUAAGCAGGCAUCGCAACUUUUUGCGUAUAAGCAAUGGUUUAGGUUGCUGCAGCUGGAAACAUUGCUCGCUCAAAUCAAGAAUAAGGACCAGCCACUCUCAACUCUAUUGCCUGCGGCACUUCCAUGGAUUACUUGUGAAGGAAGAAAGCUGAGGAAGAGAAGGCAGAAGUUGCUUAAAACCAAACGACAAAGACCAACAAGUGAAAGUGUUACAACGUAUGCUGUUGCAUUUGCUUUAGGACUCUCAAUUGUUGGUGCUGGCUUGCUCUUAGGAUGCUGUGCGGGUUGGAUGUUACCUCAUUUGUAGUUUGUUUUAUUUAAUGAUUUGAAAUAUAGUCCUGCUUUUUCAUGGAGUUGAUAGAGAAGGGGAAUAGGUAAACAGGGAGAGAAGCUGCAUUUAUUGUGUUGUAUGGGUAUCUAGUUGUGUAAAUUUUUGUGGUCCUUAACUAUCUUAAUUUGACAUCUAACUUGUGUGAUGAAUGCUACGUGAGAUUUUGCACAUGAAAUGUGGGGGUGAA